AUGGUUCUUGUCUCCUUCGUGGCUGUUGCCUUCGUGGCUGCGUGGCUGUCCCUUCUCCUUCCUUCACCAGCCCAUACGAUCAGCGACAUCUUGGCACCAGCCAACGCAAUUUGUGUUCCCUUGGUUGUUCUUGUCAAUGGCUUCAAUGUAAUCUGCCCUGCACAAAAUAUUUGCAAAGAACUUGAUGACUCUUCUCGCCAUUUCAAUUCCACCGCUGAGCCUAAUCGCAGAACGGACCUCUUACUUACUCCAUAUCUUCUCGCGAGCGGAGUGACUUGCAAAUUCGAAAAACCAUACUUCCUUUGA